AUGCAUCGCCAAUCGGUUGCGCGAUUUGCUCGCCAGUGCGGGGGCCUUCCGCUGGCCGAAUUGCCUCCUCCUUACCUUGCGCCGUCCCUUCAUUUCUCCCGGAUUCAGUGCUCGAACUUUUCCUCGACCGCUGUCGCCGCUGGCCAUGGACGUGAUCUGAGCAAAUCACGCGGUGUGUCCGCCAUCCACCGUACCGGCCCCAAGUUUAAGUUGGGCGUUUCAAAAUACCCUCUGCCGAAGCCUGUCUCGCCGGAAACACUCGAGAAGCGUCAUCCUACCCCGGAUCAUGGCCUUUGGGGAUUCUUCCCUCAGGAUCACGAGGCACUUAGCACACCAAAAUACGAUCAUGCGCAUGGUCGGUCCUGGUCAAUUCAGGAGCUCCGUGAGAAGUCCUGGGAGGAUCUCCAUGCUCUCUGGUGGGUCUGUGUCAAGGAACGCAAUCGCAUAGCCACUUCCCAGCUGGAAAGACAGCGACUGAAGGCAGGUUACGGAGAAUGGGAGCUUGACAAUCGAGACCGGACGAUCCGUGUUACGCAAAAGAGCAUCAAGCACGUUCUUCGGGAAAGAUGGUAUGCUUGGGAAGAUGCCCAGAAAUUGUACAACAGUGGUUACCGGCCACAGGAAGAAGGUGCUGAAGAGGCAUCGAGCACGGCCUAA